CCGCGGUCCUUCGGUCCGUUUCCAGUAUCUCGAGGAAGAUCCGGACUAUGCCGUUCACGCGCCUCAGAGUGCAUCAUCCACUGGCAGAGGAACAUCUGUGCUGGGAGCUCAUAUCAGUGACCGUCCAGCUCUAAAAUUCAUCUCAAGAUGCCAAACCUGCUUUUGGUUUUCUAUUUACUUCAAGGACUUGAUAACUUUAUCAGCGCGCAACACUCCGCGCGCUGGAGGAACCGGAUCCAAUGGGUGAAUAACGGCCAGGUGUUCAGUUUAAUGAGUACCGGCUCGGAGUACCAAGCACCGGUGGCGUCCAGAAGACAGUCCAGGACAGACAGGACCGCGCAAAUUCGAAUGGACGCGUCCGAUCCUGCGAGCACUAAUAGCGGCAGCACCGCGCUCUUGGGUCGGGACCGUAUGCAAUACAUCGCGGCCAACAGCCGCGCGCCUGGCGCCAGACAAAUGCAGGUGCGUCAGCGGCUCAGAGCGCCUCCAGGAACCAGAUCCACCGCCACCGCUCCGUCUGAAUACUCCGGCGGAGGAAUAACCCCGGCACACGGGUAUAAUAGCGCACGGAGGACUUCAGCGGUUGCCAAUCUCCAACACCUGGAAGCACCCAGAUAUAAUUCAAACACUUUAUCUAACGGAAGCUAUAAUGAAGCAGGGAUCCCCAGAGCGCAAACUCCAAAUGUGGAGCAGGGAACCACGUCUGAAAGUAUGGCAGGAGAUGAUCCGCGAAGAAGGAAUACAGUUUUCUAUAACAUCUACCCGCCUGGAGGCAGGACGGUCAUCCCGCGCCGCCCGCCGCCUGGCACCGGUUACGGCACCAGAUACUUCCAAAACGGUCUUCCUGAUCUCGUGCCAGAUCCAUAUUCCAUCCAGGGAGGUUCAUACAUCCAGCGCGUCCAGAUGUACGCGCUCCGGUGCGCGGCGGAGGAGAACUGCCUGGCGCGAUCUGCAUACAGACCCACAGUCAGAGACAUCGACUACAGGGUUCUGCUGCGCUUCCCACAGAAGGUCAGAAACAUGGGAACGACUGACUUCCUGCCCGUCAAACCCAGACAUCAGUGGGAGUGGCACAGCUGUCAUCAGCACUAUCACAGCAUGGAUGCGUUCAGUCACUAUGAUCUGCUGGACAUCAACACCGGACUGAAGGUCGCUGAGGGUCACAAGGCCAGUUUCUGUCUGGAAGAUACGGGCUGUGAUCCUGGAUUUCACCGCAGAUACGCCUGCACCGCACACACACAGGGUUUGAGUCCAGGCUGCCACGACACAUACGCUGCCAACAUCGACUGCCAGUGGAUCGACAUCACAGACGUCCCUCCUGGAAACUACAUUCUCAAGGUCACAGUCAAUCCUGACUUCCUGGUGCCCGAGUCUGACUUCUCCAACAACGUUGUGCGAUGUGAGGUCAUUUACACCGGCGUUUACAUCCAAACCAGAAACUGCGUCUUAACUGGAAUGUAAAGCCCUUGGGUCGGAGGUGAUUUUUAAAGGCCUAUAUAAUAGGUUUAAUUAUAGGAAUUUAAUUCAAAGCUUUUUUUAGUAACUUGAAACACUCUGUAUAGUUGUUUGAGUAAUAUUUAUGACUAGUGUACUGUAUCUAUUUUAGAUGAGUUUGAUUUCUUGCCCUAGUGCAAGCAAUUUUAAGUCAAAUCUACAUGUUUUUGUGAUGUUUGCAUUAUAAGAAUGUAAUUUUACAUUUAUUUUAAAUGAAGAACUAUUAAUGAAUAGAUCAGUAUUUUAGUGUUUGUAUUUAUUGCAUAGGUUAUGAAAAAUAUAAACAUAUUUUAAACUAAGAUAAUAUUGAGGGAUUAUUUUGGCUUUUUAUUAGAUAGAGGUGGAGUGGUUUACUCCAGCGCAGAUCACUAGUGUAAAAUAUACACUAUUAAAGAGGUUGUUUCGGUUGAUGUUUCUGUCUUUAACAUCUUGAAA